GUCGACCUGACUGAGAACAGACAGAGCGAAAUUCUCAUCGUCGCCUGGGUCACGACAGGAGCUGCCCUUGUGACAGUGGUUAUUAAGCUCUUCACUCGACUUCGAAUCAUUAAAGUGAUUGGCUGGGAUGACUUUUUCAUCGUAUUCUCGAUGAUGCUAAGCAUCUGUGCCUCCUCUUUCGGUCAUUAUGGGGUGCACCUGGGAUUCGGAAAACACACCGCUGCAGUGGUCGCUGAGCAUGGACACGAGCACUUAUCUAAGACUGCGAAGUACCAGAUGUUGGGUUACCGUGCUUUCAGCUUUCCCAAUCUAGCCAUCACCAUACUCGUUUGCCAGCUACUCGAUCCAAAUCCACUUCGAACGCGACUUCUAUACGGCAUGACCAUCCUCCAGGUCAUUUUCGCCAUGAUCACAGUAAUCCUAGCGUUCGCACAAUGCACACCCACCCAGAAGCUCUGGGAGAGGACUAUGCCAGGAAAUUGCUGGAGCCCCAAUGUCCUGAACUACUUUUCGUACUGGCUGUGCGCAUACACUACACUCACGGACUUCGUGCUGGCAAUCGUCCCUGUCGCCGCCUUCUGGAAGCUCCAAAUGAAGCGAUCCACUAAGAUCGGUCUGUGCAUUCUGAUGAGCAUGACAAUGCUGUCAGCCAUUGUUACCAUCAUUAAGGGCACUUACCUCCAUCUUUUUACGGACACCGUCGACCCAUUGUACAACCCAGUACCACUUGUUCUUUGGGGCUUGGUCGAGCAAAACAUUGUCAUCAUGGCUGCCUGUGUACCAACCUUACGCCCGCUUUUC